GACUCACAAGCUGCGUUAUUCUGUGCCCGCAGAAACAUCUCAGCCUUCGACAUAGAACGACAUACUACUCAACAUAGAGUCCUGCCUUUUGCUUGGAACACGAACCAAGAACCCCUUCAAACCAAUCAUUCUUUCGGACGCACCAUCUGUACCCUCCCCCCCGGCAAUCCUCACAACUCUCGCCCUCGGGAAAUAGAAUCGCUGAUUGUGUCUCCCUCCCACCUCUGGCCUCUUCCGCACGCUUCCUCCCUUCCUCCUCCCUUCAUCUCGACAUCAACCCCCGUCCGUUUACAACAUCUACGAGUAGUACAUACGCAAACGGCAAAGAAAAAAUACAACCUCAAAGAUGCCAGCGGCAUCACCUCAGACAGUAAAACUGAAAUCCACCCUCCGACUGUUGAUCCCGAGACUCCGGAAUGCCCAAAAGAAGGACACGGCGUUGUCGAUCGCGGCUCGUCGAGAGAUGGCCGACUUGCUGUCCCAGUCGCGCGAAGCCUCCGCGCGGAUCCGGGUCGAAAACAUCAUCCACACCGACAUCACCGUGGAACUGAUGGAGAUUUUGGAACUGUACGCCGAGUUGCUCCUGGCGCGCGCGGGACUGCUGGAUGUUCGGGACAAGAAUAUAAAAGAAGGCCUCGCCGGGGACGAGGGCAGCAGCAACAACAACAACAACAACAACAACAACACGGGCCUGGAGGAAGCCGCGGCGAGCAUCAUCUACGCCGCACCCCGACUGGCCCGGGACGUGCGCGAACUGGGCAUCGUGCGGAACAUGCUCGUCGAGAGGUUCGGCAAGGAAUUCGCGGUCAGGGCCAACGACAACACCGACGGCGUCGUGCCGGCCCGGGUCAGUGAGAAGCUGAAAGUCGACCCGCCCAGCCAAAAGCUUGUCCAGGCCUACCUGGAGGAGAUAGCCCGGGCCUACGGCGUGGAUUGGCCUCCUCGCCGCGAGACCGAAGACCUGGACGAACUGGGCAGGGAGGUUGAUCGAGAAGAACAGGCCGACGACGACGGCGACGAUGACGGUGGAGUGGGAGGAGGAAUGAAGGAAACCCCGAUCCUGGCCGACGGGUUCGGUGCCCAACAACAACGACAACCCCCGCCUUCGACGCCCCAGAAACCACCAAACAAGAUCGACAUCGGUUCCUUGCAAAACGCCACUCCACCUUCGAGUCUGGCUCCAGGAGGCGCCAAAAGUCCCGUCUCCGUGGCCCCUCCGGCACCCAGGUCGGACAAUCCGAGCCCGAAAGUCAGGUUACCCGGCGGUGGGGAGAUAGGAAAGGAUAACGGUAAUAGUAACAAAAACAACAAUAUCACCAGCAGAGGUAGACCGGCGACGACGACGAACAAAGGCAAGACGACUUCCACGACGAGUGGGGGAGGGUCUAUUCCUACUGGACCUGUCCCUGGUAAAGUCCCUACGGUUGAUGAUCUGGCAAAGAGGUUCCAGGCGUUGAAACGGUGAUUGGGGGAUUUCACAAUGGACUUUGAUCGAAGUGGUUUUUUUAACGAAUAUGAAUAUCUGUUAUGAUGAGGAAAUUACGAACACUAAGAAACAUCUCAACAUCUCUAAGAUCUACAAGGCGGGGGAUCAUGCUCGAUGAAUGUAUUCAGGUUACUCUGUAUUUUUCCCUUGUGUAGCCUUUAUGUUGUAGGUGCCCGGAGGGAGUAGCAUACAGCAUGUG